AUGAACGCGCCGGUCGCUCAGUACUCGCCAGAGUAUCUGGCUGAAGAUAAUGGCCUUGCGAUCAUCGCGACUGCGUCGCUAAUGAUAAUUUUCUGUACAGUCUUUGUUGGCCUUCGGUACUAUGCGCGUUACCUCACCUCGACUCAGUUCGGUGUAGAGGAUAUUAUCAUACCGUUCGCAUGGCUGGCGGAGUUGGGGCUAUGUGUUGUCGGCAUUCUCAUGGUGAAGAGAGCUGGAACGGGCCGACAUGCUGCAUUCAAUCUUCAAAGAGAUCCCUCAAGCCUAUCCAAGCACUUCAAAGGCGUCAUAAUCAACGAACUCCUCCACCCAGCCGCCGUUGCUUUCCCAAAACUCGUCGUGGUCGUUCUCUAUCUUCGAGUCUUCACGAAAAAAUUUGAGCGUGGCAUCGCCUGGGGGCUUUUCGUGGUGAUCCUCGCAGCAUUCAUCUCAUUCUUCGCGGCGACAUGCUUCCAAUGUACCCCAUUCCCUUACAGCUGGGAUAAAACGAUACCAGGAGGACACUGCUUCGACACCGUGGCUUUCGCUUAUAGCAGCAGUGUACCAAACAUCGUCACUGAUCUGGUCGUGGUUUGCCUACCGAUACGGACAGUACUGGAGCUUAAGGUCUCGACCGGAAGGAAGAUCGGCUUGAUGCUGAUCUUCUUGACUGGUAGCAUUGGCAUCAUAGCCUCUGUUAUCCGGACUGUGGUCUUCGCUAAGACGGAUAUAUUGGACGAUAUCACAUUCACCAACGUACCUCUAAUCAAUUGGACUAUCAUCGAACCAGGACUUUACCUUCUUGCCGCAUGUGCUCUCUCAUUCAAACCGCUCUUCCGCAUGGUAGCCAAGGCUUUGCACCUCGGUUCCAUAAUCACACACACCAAAUCGGCGCUCAACAAAACAUCGCACAACAAGACAAACCGAACACAACAGAAGGACAUUCAUAUGGAGACGUUCAAAUCGGCUAGUAGCGGCGGCUUCACUAAGCUGAGCGACGGCACGGGUGAGAAUAGUAAGGAUGUAGACGACAAACACUGCGAAGAAGUCGUAUGGUUUAAGAAGGGUGCGGGGCACAAAAAGGGGAUGAGUGAAGGCGCGUUGAGUGUUGUGGUGACGCGAACCGUGGAUAUACAGAGCGAGGAUCUGGACGAAGGGUACCAAGUAGAAAUUGGCAACCACGGUGGGAACGCCCGCGGUUGGUACAAUUUUACCCUCGAAUCCUAUCUGGUCACAAUAUCCGAGUGCAGAUGA